AUCAAAUUCAGUUGGGGCUGCAGCAUGGACGGGUCCCGGACGGACGUGAUGGCCAAGUUGCCGCAGCUGCAGAACAUGAUCAAGCGCGAUCCGUCGGCGUACCGCGAUGAGUUCAUGAUGCAGUUGCGCCACUACGAAAGCGAAGUCGCGAUCUUCCGCUUGCAACCGAACAAGCAGUCGGAACACUUUGGCGCGCUUGUCACGUUCCUCUCGCACGUAUCGACGUGCUACCCGACCGAGCUCGCGGCUUUCCCGCAGGAUCUCGUCUACCUCUUGGAGAAGCAUGCAGCCGUGUUGGAAGCAAGUCUGCGCAAGACGCUCGUCCAGGCGUUGAUCCUCAUGCGAAACAAAAACAUUGUCGACGCCCUCGUGUUACUCAAACUCUUCUUUGAGCUCUUCCGCAUCCCGGACAAGCGCCUCCGCGAACUCGUGUACUCACACAUUGUGUACGACAUCAAGAAGAUGCACACGGACGGCGGCGGACGCAAUGAAAAGGUCAUGCGCGGGCUACAGAACUUUAUGUACUCGAUGGUGGCCGACGAACAUGAAAUCGCCGCGAUCAAGUCGCUGCACGUCCUCAUUUCACUCUAUCGCAAGCGUAUCUGGUGCGACGCCCGCACGGUCAACUGCAUCGCGACCGCGUGCACCUCCAAGAACACGCGCGUCCUCGUGACAGCGAUCCAAUUUUUCCUCGGGAUUGACGCCGACAUUCUCGAAGACGACGAAGCGGAACAGGUCAAAAUGAAGGAACAGGUCGAAGUCAACUACCAUUCGUACUCGAAGAAGACCAAAAGCCGGUACAACCACACGCGGGCGCAACUCGUAAAGAAUCGCAAGGCGCGCAAGCGGAACGUCGAGCAUGACGGGACGUUUCCCGCCAUUGAUUUGCUCAACGACCCGCAGGGGGUGGCAGAGCGCCAACUGCGCAUCCUGAAGGCAUCCAACGAACGCUUUGAAGUGCGCUUGCUCAUGAUGGACUUUAUUGGACGCCUCGUCGGCCAGCACAAGCUCGUGCUGUUGGCAUUCUACCCGCUGCUGCAGCGAUACUUGACGGCGCACCAGCAAAAAGUGACCAACAUCUUGGCGUAUUUGGUUCAAGCUUGCCACGACGAAAUUCCGCCAGAGGAACUCAUGCCCGUGGUCAAGACGAUCGCCAACUCGUUUAUCGUCGAACGAUGCGCGAGCGAAGUCAUUGCGGUGGGCAUCAACGCCGUCCGCGAAGUGUUUGCCCGCGUGCCGCUGGUCAUGGACGAACCUGGUAUGGACGACUUGAUCCAGGAUCUCAUCAUGUUUAACAAGAGCCGCGACAAGACGUGCGUAAUUGCGGCCCGUGGCGUCCUCAACUUGAUUCGGGAGAUUCAUCCGAGCUUGCUCAAGCGCAAAGACCGCGGGAAAUUCCACAACGAAACGGCGCGCCCGAAGGCGUUUGGUGAAUAUCGCGCGGCGGAGGGGGUCGACGGUGCGGAGCUCCUCAUGGAAGCGGAAGCUGCAGGGCGCUUCGACUAUGAAGACAAUGGCGAUGGCUGGGCCGUGGACGAAGAGAUGCUCGAUGCCGGCGACGAAAGCGACGGCGGGUGGGUGGACGUUGACGGGUCCGACGGCGACAGCGAUGGGUUGCAUUCGGAUUCGGAAGACGACGAAGCCGACGACGACGAUAUGGAAGAUGGCAGCGACGAGGACGCCGCACCAAACAAGCCGACGGCCGUUCCUCAAUCGGAGCGUAUUGACGCCAAGCGAAUCUUGACACCCAAGGACUUUGAGCGCAUCGAAAUGCUCAAGAAGGAAGCCGCCGAGGCGGCCAAGGACCCCAAGGCUCGCCGAAAGCGCAAGGCGGAAGCAGUCGAAAAGAAGGUGCUGGAGAGCAAUCAUUCGACCGUGGACCCGGCGACGCUGGAGGGGUACUCGAAGAAGAAGCGCCAGACGAUGGAAGAGCGGCUGCGGUCCGUGCUGGAAGGUCGCGAGAACUACAAGCACAAACAAAAGGGCGGCGGCACGACGAACCGAGAAAAGGCGCGACUCAAAAACUUUUUGAUGUUGAAAAAGAGCAUGCAUGUCCAGUCCAAGGUCCUCAAGUCGACGCGGGAGAUUCAGCACAUCAAGAACAGAACGGUCAAGGCCGUCACGAAGCGCGACUCAAAGAAGCGCCGACGAACGUAAUCUACAUCGACUCCUUUGUCCAUCUUCCA